AUGGUUGUCGAGUCCUCGAACGAUGCAUUAAGUGAUAAAAGCAGCGGAGCGAAUGAAAAUAGUUUGAGGAAAAAAGUUGGAAUGCUGGUGCGAGUGACGAGACGAAUGAUCAACUACUGUGCUCGGGUAUGGCUUAGUUCACGGAAAACAGAUGCUUUUUUUUUUCAGGAACUGAAGCUAUCAUUCCAGAAGGAACUAGAAAAUGAACAGCUACCUGAAUUUUCACGCAUUUUGAUGAGGCUGAAUGUUUCAGUGCUAUCGCCAAGAAUUCACAAUGUUAUUAUUCCCAGGUCAACUUAUAAGGUUCUUCCAAAUGACACGGUAGAAAUGAGGAUGCGUGGUGGUUCGGUGCAGCUUCAGGGCUUUUAUCGUGCCGUGUAUCGGACAAUCCGUGAAGGAGAGCUAGCAGCUAAUCUAAGUAGCUUCGCGAUCAAUUUGAAAUUCAAGAUUAGCACGACAUUCGCCGGAAAGUUACUGCUGGAGAAUGUUGUCUGCGAUGCAGAAGUACGCGUAGUUGACGUUCAGUUGGUACCAAAAUUGCAUGAUUUGGUUGAUGAGGGCUUGCGAACUGCAUUUGACGAGCACACAUCUGUUUCACAUAUAAUUAACAGAGCAUUCUGUAUUUGUGCUAUUUUUUUGCAGUACAAAGAUAUCAUGGAACAUUUGCUGAUCGAUACAACAAUCAGUUAUGGUAUUUCGUUGAUGGAAGAUUAUUUUGAUUUUCCGUUGGUUGGAACACCAACAAUCAGUAAAAUGAACACUACCUCACUACAUCCGUUGGUGGUUUGUUCAUUAUCUUCUGAUUUCCAUGAUGUUCCAUAUUUGCAGAAACUUCCGGAAGACAAAUCCAAAAUGGUUUACAUCUAUAUAACGGAGUUUGUGCUCAAUUCUUUCUUGAAAAAACUGGACACAUUCGGGAAUACCGCACUGCUGCUAUCUGCAGUUCCUGAAUUCGACGGACUUCUGCAAUUAAAUUGCUCUGAAAACCUAGAAUGCAUGGGCGAUUUUCUGCAAGACGCCGAGCCAUAUCAAUUUGAUUCAGGAACUAUGUUGCUCAAAAUGCGCUCGCCAGCAGUAGCUACGCUUCGAGAUGGCUUUAUGCUACUGGACCUCAAUUUAAAAGUUACAGUGAGUUAUGUGCAAGAUGGAGUGGACGUAAAUGUGCUGGAAUUUGACUGGCUCCUGACAGUUCGCAUUAACAAUGCUUUUCUGAAUGAACAUCUUGUCUCAAAGGUACUGUUUUUUUAA